AUGCCGGCCGUCUUUGGCUAUGAGAAGCACCACGACCUCAAGCUCCUGGAUUCCGGAGCCGGGGGGCCGGAUGAGCUCGCUGGAAAAUUCUCAGUGGGCAGCGUCAUGUACGGGCUGUGCCGGGUCCCCGAUCCUGGCUCCGGCACCCCCAGGAUCGUCCUUAUCAGCUGGGUGGGGGAAAAUGUGCCGGAAUCGCAGCGGGCGGCGUGUGCCGGGCACCUGCCGGCCAUCCGGAGCUUCUUCAGGGAGGCCACGGCCGUGAUCAGCGCCCGCCGGCCCGAGGAGGUGCGGGCGGAGGGGCUGCGCCGAGUGCUGGCCCAGCUGGAGCCCCCCGCCCCUCGCCCUCCCAGGAGGACCCCCCAGGACACCCCGGAGCUGGUGGGAACCAACUACCGCAAGACCAACCCGGCGUUGGAGCUGCAGCGCACCCAGCGCGAUUCCUUCUGGGAACAGGCUGAGGAGCAGCAGCAGCGGGAGCAGGAGGCGGCCGAGCGGGAGCGCGGGGGGCGCACCGGGGUCAGCGGGACGGCGGCCGAAGCCGCCAUCCUGGUCUCCCAGCGCACGCAGAACCCCCGGGAAUUCUUCCGGCAGCGGGAGCGCUCGGGGUCCACAUCCGCAUCCCCCCUGCCCGGCAGCACCCCCGGUGCCCGCCGGCCCUUCCUGCGGUACCAGCGCAGCCUGACGGAAUCCGCCUUCAUCUUCCGCCGGCCGGAGCCCCCCCAGACCCCCCAGCCCGGCGCCUAGGGGGGCACCGCCCCCCAGCCCCCGCCGGCCGCCGCCGCCUCUGCCCCCCGGCCCCGCGGGGACAGGGACAGCCCAGCGUGCCACCGGCGGGACCCCCGCCAGCCCCGUGGGGACAGGGACCCCACAAUGCGGCACCCUGGGGACCCCCUCCAGCCCAGCCCGAGCAGGGUCCCCCCAUGCCAGCAGCCCCGUGGGGACGGGGACCCCUCCCCCUGUCCCCCCAGGGAGCCCCCCCACCCCCAAUGUGCCACCGCGGGCACCCCCUCCAGCCCCGUGGGGACGGGGACCCCUCCCUCCGCCACCCUGGGGACCCCCAGUUUUGCCAGCACCAGUUCAGGGUCCCCCCCUGCCAUGUCUGUGCCCCCUCCCAGCCCCCCCCGGGAUAAAGGGGGGUCCCCCCCGGACACUCCCCCCCUCCCCAGCCCCCCAGCAUGGGAAUCUUUGGGGCCACUCCUUGAGGAUGUCCCCAGCCCGCGGGAGGGGUCCCCAAUCCCCCCGGCCGGCCCCCCCCUGCACAGCCCCAGUCCCCCCCGCCCCGUGCAGGAUUUGGGGCGCAACGGAAUCGGGGGGCACGAGUUUGAGGGGGGCUGGGAGACCCCCUGGGAGCCGGGACCACCCCCUGGGCAGGUACGGGAGAGGCUGGGGGAGAUGGGGGUGGGCCGAGAU